CUCUUCCUCGCGGGCGAUGGCGAUGGCGUCCCCGUCUUGCUCGGUCCGGAUUCUCACCGGCGUCUGGCGCGAUAGGAGCGGACGAUUCUCUCGCAAGGUGCGAAGGAUCCCGCAUUGCUUCAGCAGCAGCGCCAGCACCGCCAGCAGCACCGAGGUUUCUCGGAUUUCCAGGAUUUCCAAGAAUGCUGGCGAUGCAGGCGAGGAUUCGGCAUUGGCAUCGGGCAGGGACGUGCGGGGAUUGCGCCUGAAGAAGGUGGAGGAAAUGCGAGGCCUAGGCAUCGAGCCUUAUGCGUAUUCCUGGAAUCGGACACACAAAGCUACGCAGCUCCAGGAGAAAUACGCUGACUUACCCGCAGGAGGGGUGGCGGAUUCGGACGAGGAUCGUGUGUCUGUGGCUGGCCGGAUUUUUGCUCGCCGAGCGUUUGGAAAGCUCGCUUUCUUGGGAAUCCGAGAUGAUUCGGCUUCUAUCCAGCUCUAUUGUGACAAGGCAAAACUUGAGAGUUUCACUCAAUUAAAAUCCACGGUUGAUAUUGGUGAUAUUGUCGGCGCCACAGGAACUUUAAAACGAACUGAAAAAGGAGAGCUCUCCGUAUAUGUGGAUAACCUGGUGAUUCUUACGAAAUCAAUCCUUCCAUUACCCGAGAAGUGGCACGGCCUAACAGACAUUGAAAAGCGAUACCGUCAGAGGUAUUUGGAUAUGAUAAUGAAUCCCGAAGUAGCUGGUGUAUUCCGAGCCCGUGCAAAAGUUGUUUCAGUUAUUCGCAGGUUUGUCGAAGAUCUUGGAUUCCUCGAGAUUGAAACUCCGAUUUUACAGGGGGCGGCUGGAGGAGCAGAUGCCAGACCAUUCAUAACUCAUCAUAAUUCAUUGGAACGGGAUCUUUUCUUGCGCAUUGCUACUGAGCUACAUUUAAAGCGUAUGCUGGUUGGAGGUUUUGAAAGGGUCUACGAGCUUGGCCGCAUCUUCAGAAAUGAAGGAAUCUCUACGCGUCAUAAUCCUGAGUUUACGUCCAUAGAGAUAUAUCAAGCAUAUGCUGACUACAACGAUAUGAUGGCUUUGGCCGAGGAGCUCGUUACAAAAUGUGCCGAAGCCAUCUUCGGAAACGCAAAGCUACUCUAUCAAGGAACAGAUAUAUCGCUAGAAAGACCAUGGAAGCGGGCUAGCAUGCAGUCACUGGUUCAGGAGGCCACUGGAAUCGACUUUAGUGCUUUCGGCAGUGAUCUUUCGGCAGCAAAAUCGGCGGCUUUGUCAGCAUUAUCACCACGGAAAGACGAAUCUCUCCAAACUGUUAUUGCAAACUGCGCAACAGUCGGAAACGUUCUAAAUGAGGUGCACAGUUACUUUCUUCGUCUCCGUCGGUUUGUAAACGUAAUGAUGUCGGUGGCUCAGGUGUUCGAAGCAGUCGUGGAGAAAACACUAAUACAGCCAACGUUCGUCACUAAUCACCCGGUCGAAGUUUCUCCCCUUGCCAAAGCCCAUCGGAGCUUUCCAGGCCUGGUCGAGCGCUUCGAACUUUACAUUUGUGGCCGGGAGCUGGCCAAUGCAUUCUCGGAGCUGACAGAUCCGAUAGAACAGAGAGCCAGGUUCGAAGCGCAAAUCCGAGCUCACAACAAGCAGCUGGAAGAGGCAGCAGCCGCUGCGCGAGACCGCGGAGAAUCGGCGGUUAAGCAACACAAGAACGACUCAUACGAAGUCACUCUAGACGAAGACUUCCUCACAGCACUGGAGUAUGGAAUGCCUCCCACCGCCGGAAUGGGAAUUGGGAUCGACCGCCUCGUCAUGCUUCUCACGGACAGUCCAAGCAUAAGAGACGUGAUUGCUUUCCCGGUGUUAAAAUCCCAGCAAUAAGCUAAAAGCAAAGCUCUAUUGUUUUAGGUGGCUUUCUCCGUGGACGCAGCGACGAGGGUGGUGGCUAUCGCGGCUGCCAAGUUCGGUCGCAAUCUCCUCAACGAGAAUCAAGUCAUUGUCAUCACGACAUGGACACGGAAGCUGUUCGGGAGCACUACUUCAAGUUACGUGACAUUCCAGAUCACACAGCAAAAGCAUGGAUGGCUCGUGGCGGUAGUGGUGCGAUGGUCACGGCACACAAGGAGCUAUACGCCUACGAUCUACGUGCCGGUACUACCAGAGUUCUGAGGCCAUUCGGUGGGGAGGAUCUAGCCCCAGCAACCAGACUGUUGUACACUUUCGGCUUUCGAAGGCAGUGAUUGGGAAUUGCGGUG